AGUGAUCGAGUGCAAACAAAAAAUAAUAACAGAAGAAAGUGAAAAACUCAUUAAAUUAUUAGUAGAAACCUGUAAAAACGGCUAAUCGAACGAUAAUUCAAAUGUAUCAGCAAUAUUUGAACCAGGCAGUGCGGACAUUACAAAAUCUAAGCUCCGAUGAACUCAAAGAUUUGCUCAACGAUGAUGAUAAGCUGGACCAGCGAGUGGACUUGGCCGUGGAAGCAUUGGAAUCCGAAAAGGAAGUAAUCUUAAGCGAAAACCGCAGUUUGGCAGAAAGCAAUUUAGAAAAAGAACCAAAACUAAUUGAACUGAGAUCCAAACUGGCUGAUCUUUCCGAGCAGGGUAAAACCCUCGCGACUUCUGUGAAGGAAAAAUCUGAUGAACUGAAGUCCAAAUCCAGUAGCACAAAUCCCGACACGGUUCUGGCAUUACUGCAAGCAGCCGCGGCGGAAAGCGAAGAAGAAUCCGAACGGAUUGCUAAGCAGUUUCUGGACAAUGAACUGGCAAUCGACGCCUAUCUGGAACAGUUCAUGACCCCACGGAAAGCCAUGCACAGUCGAAAGCUCAAAGCAGAUAAAAUGGUUGAGCUACUACGAAAUGGUAUUAAUCAGCAACGACCCAGUGCUUUGCCUCCGAUGCAUGGUUCACCUGCAUCUGGGGCAAUUCCAUACCCUUCACACGCUGGUGGAUUCUACCCGCCUCCACCACAGCCAUCUGCUGGCACAAUCCCGUAUCCACUUGGACCAAUAUCGAUGCCAAUGCCAGGCAUGUUUCGACCACCAUAUUAAUAAGUUAAAUCUUCAAUGUUUCUGCAUACUUUUACAAUAAGCUUACAUAAAUGUUAUUAAAAAGUCUAUUCAAUAUCAUCAAUGAAUUUUAUAGUUUCAUGAAUAUGUAGUCCUAGUUAAAAUCAUUUGAAUUAUUUAGCAAAGAUAGAGCUUUUAACAAGUCACUUGUUUACAGUAAAUAUACGUUUCCAAAUGUGUAACAUACAGAUUUAGAAUAUAUUUCUAGAUUGAAUCAAUAAACAAUGCAUAAAA